GCUUACGCACGUCGCGAGCCUUCGCGAAAACUUUUACGAAUCCUCUUUGUUGCAUGUGUUGUGAAUGUACACGUAUAUUUUUAUUACAAGAAUAUUAAAAAUUAAUGAAUUUGAGUGUUUCAUAAGAUGUGUGAUUAAAAGUGUGGAUUUAUGUUUUGCAAGUUUGUUUCAGUAAAAUGGAAAAAUAAGAUAAAAAAGUGUGCGGUGACAAAACACGAUCAAAAAUGACUUUCAAAUUAACAUGAACACAUCAAAAAUGCCUCUCCACUUCAACGGGUCCCUGCCGAGUGUGCCGUGGAACGAAACUGCGGUGUACUCGUCGGUUGACUUCUUCCAUAAACCUGAUGUGGCCAUCAUAGCUUUGUACGUGGUGGUACUGACUGCCUCCCUUUCAGCCAACACGCUGUUGAUUUUUAUUGUCAUCAAAUUUCAGUAUAUGAGAAGUGUGACGAACAUCUUCCUGGUCAAUUUAUCAGUGGCAGAUCUGCUGGUGACUCUGUUCUGCAUGCCGGUGCAGAUCGCCAAGUCUGUGACGCUGCUGUGGUACUUCGGGGAGGUCACUUGCAAGACUGUCAACUUCCUUCAGGGAGUAGCAGUAGCCUCCAGCGUGUUCACCAUCACAGCGAUGUCCGUAGACCGCUACCUGGCCAUCACGCAGUCUCUCCGGCAACCUUGGAUGCCGUCGAGGCGAGGGGCGUGCAUACUGCUCGCGUUCCUGUGGUUCUUGUCUCUGGUCAUCUUUGUGCCUCUUCUUUUUGUGGCGGCAGUCGAGAGGGAGAUGGUGCCAGUGCUUGCUAGGAGUAAGAAUGGUUCAGUGGUAUGGAUGCAGAGGAGCAUUGAGUUCUGCACGGAAACUUGGCCUGACUCCAUCAAGAAGGAACUCUUUGGGGCCUUCAGUUUCGUCUUGGUCUAUGCUGUGCCAGGAUGCAUUGUGGUGAUAUCUUACUCCCUAAUGGGGAGGAGGUUAUGCUCAGUGCUGCCGCCCUUCGACCAGACGGAAGGCAGCGCAAACAGCCAACAGCGCCUACGCCUGGUCCGCGAGAGGAAGCGAGUAGCCUGGAUCCUGCUGCUGCUGGCAGUUCUGUUUGCUCUGUGCUGGUUACCAUACAACAUUUUGCAGUUGCUGGUCGAUGUGAAUGCUGUGAAGGCUGACUCAGUGUUCUCUGUGCUGCCCUACACUUUGUUAUUAGGGCAUGCGAACUCAGCCAUAAACCCGAUCGUGUACUGCCUGAUGACGCGCAAUUUCCGUCGUUCACUGCGCAAGCUGAUCUGCCAAGACCCGGGUAACAUUCACUCUAGUACUCAUUUCCAUAUGCAAGGUUUACGUCAAAAAUCCAACACGUCUAGUAUGCGCACGUGCACCACGGUCACCUUCCGGAGCAGUAACCAUCUGACCAGGAACCAGAACCCCAGCAUUCAGUACGGGAGGGUCCAGAGAGGGGCCUCGCUCAGGGAGACCAGUUGGAAGGAGAGGCCAAAGCCGCAGUAUUUGUAAAUCGAUAGGCAAAUAGACUUUUACAGGUAAAUUUUCACGUCUAAAUUGUUAAUUUAUAUUCUAAAAACUACUAUUAACCAUCGAAAUGUGGAAAUUUUGAUACUGAAUUUUGAUUUUAAAUUGCCCAGAAAUUCUUGUUGCUUUAUUUCUUUCGAAUAGCUGCUAGAAAAGGCAGAAUUAUACUGUAUUGGCAGAAGCCAGAAUAUUGUCAACUCUAGAAUUUGGUCCACGUCGAUUCUAUUAUAGUAAAUAUAUGCCACCAACAUUUUGCAAAUGUAUCUAUUACUAAUUAUCGUUCACUUCGCAAUAAAAAAAAUAGAAUUAUUGAGAUUCAAAUUCGAUUAUAACGUUAUUAAAAUUUACUCAAUAAUGAGCAAGAAACAUCUAUUAGGGAUGGCCCUUGAUAGGGUGUGAACUAAAGCAUUCAAUCGAAAGGUGCCAAGGAGAAUAUAAUCGAAGGAAAUGCAGAAACCCCAUAGUAUGUAAAUAAAACCAGAACACGUAUAAUAUUUUUGUAAUGAUAGUAAAUAGGCAAGUAGAAGUAAAAAAACUGAAUCAUCUACGAUUCCAUGCCUUUUUCUUCGAAAACAAAAUUAUUAUUAUUAAUGCACGAUUUUUUGAAUAUUUUCAAAAAUCGUAUAGUGUUAUAACAUUAGGAAUGUGUUACUUUUUUAUAUUGACUUUGCGACAGUUAGACACAGUGUUUUUUCUCUCUUUCUCUAUAAUACUAAAUAGUUAGACACAGUGUUUUUUCUCUCUUUCUAUAUAAUACUAAAUACCUAGUCAAAAACAUUAUCAAAACUUUGUAUUGUUAAUUAUUGAAAAGAAAUUGCAAUUAUAGGUAUAGUUCGUUUAAAUGAACAAAAUAUUUUUUAGUUAAAGUAAACUUAUAAAUAAAAGUCAAUAUUAGAUUGUUUUCAUUUCAAAUAUGUCUUAUUUAUAUGAAAUUAACCAAUUUAGUUGUAAUAAAAUCAAUAUUUACGCAAAUACAGGGACAUGUCUAAGUCAUAAUUAUAUAAACGCUACGAGCUAAAUUAAAAUUAAUGAGAAAGCUAAAAUUAUAUUUUAAUUAAGUAAAUUAGUUUUAUGAAGUUUGUAAAAAUAUAGAAGUACAAAUAAUUUAUAAUAUGAUUAAGUGUUUCUAUGACUAUAAAAUAAGUUUUGAAACGUGUACUAUACUUAAGUGUAAAUGAGAAAAUCUGUCUUUCUAUCUGUAACGAUUUACGGUUAAACCUCUGGGCCGAUUUUGAUGAAGUUUGGAGGUCAGACAUAGUCUACCGUGGGUAGAGUGGUAGUAUCGCGGGUAACAGUUAGUCUAUUUGUAUGUAAUAUAUAACGACUAUUAAAUAAAAUAGGUUUUAAAGCAUAGCUUUUGCUCCACGCUUUGCAUUUCCUGCAUUCGUUUUAAAUAAGUUGUAUUAUUUUUAAUC